ACACUGGAUUUGGCAAAUUUUCCUGUUACAGAAACUCUUAAGAUGCUCGCUUCACUGCUGGAAAAGAUUACAAACGCAAACGACCAUUUAAAGUCAACUCAUAAUAACAUAAACCAUUCUGAAUCAACGUCUUCUUCCGUGACAAAAACAUCCACUUCAUCCUUCACGCGUUUUCACGCACGUUCAGUUCCUUCAAUAGAUAUUCAUUCAUAUCUUUCAAGGAUAUUAAAAUAUUGUCCUACCACGAAUGAAUGUUUUCUUUCAUUAUUAGUAUAUUUUGAUCGGAUGUCAAAGAAUGCAUCCGCUACUUCGGGGAAAACCUUUUCUAUCGACUCUUUUAACAUUCAUCGUCUGAUAAUUGCCGGUAUAAUGGUGUCCUCCAAAUUUUUCUCUGACGUAUUUUUCACUAAUUCAAGAUAUGCAAAGAUGUACGAUGAUGGCGGAGAACUCCCAUUUGCUCUUUUCUUAUCAGGGUCUAAAGAAAUUUAUGUAUCUAUAAAUCUCCAAAAUUCUUUAACUAUUCCUGUUAACCUUAGAUGGGAUUCGGGGCAUAACUUUGAAAAGAACGUCACACAACCUAAACGGACACGACGUUUACAUUCUAACGAUGACACAAAUAUAAGAAGUGGUGGUUCAAAGCCAUUGAAAGAUGAUGAUCAAUUUGAUAAUGGUUACUAUUUUAGUCGCCAUCGUCGAGAUAACAGUUUCUCAUCAACAAAAUCAUUGAAUAUCCCAUAUCAAUCCUCUUUAACUUCGUCUCCUCAACCAUAUUCAACGCAUAUAUCAAAAACACCACCUCCACCAUCUUUAUGUGGCUCUUCACCAUCUACUUCAAGUAGUUCACUUCCCAUUCCAAAUUCUAUAAAUGGUUCACCAAUGCACGCUCCUUUUGCUUCAAGUAGUAUGUUUAAUAUCCAUCCACAUUAUCAUUUUUUACAUAAACCAUAUCCUCAUCAUACACACCAUCGGUCAGCGAGUAUAGAAGGGUCGACCAUAAAACGGGCGAAUAGCAGCGGCUCUUUACUGAGUCGUGCAAGAGGUUGUGAUUUAUCUGACGAUUUACAAUAUCAAAGACGUUCCUCACCGAAAUCGAUUAAUCCUGAAGAUCAUGCUUAUCGGACUGCUGCUGUUUCUCCGUAUUAUUCUGCACAUCCGGUAUCAAAUACCUCAUCAUUAACGACUUCAAGUAAUAAUAGGAGCGUUCCUCAACAACCAACUUUGGUAAAUCCAUCUCCUACACGGAACAUCUCAAAUUUUAUGAGACGUAUGUCUCAUGAUUCACCCGCAAACACAUCACAAUAUCCACCGUCUACUUAUCAUUACGCUGGAUAUCCUCCUCAAUCAUCAACGCAGUCUCUACCAACUACUCCCGUGACUACAUUACCUUCAAUGCAGGGAAUAUCUUUUAAUCCUUCAGUAAUAAGUAAUGCCGCUCAUUCUACUGUUGCUGCUGCUUUGAAUUAUGCUCGAAGAGCUUCUGUUGUUUUGCCACAAAUACCACGUAAUCUAGGUGGAAUUCAUAGCAGUAUGCCUUCGCCAGUAUCAACUGUCGCUCCUGAUAACAUGGGUCCUGGACUGGUUAGACGUGGAUCAUUUCCUACAGUAUUGAGUGGAAGCAGUCUUUCUAAUGAACCAAGGAGUUCUAGUUCUAAUGUAGUAAUGAACAAUGGAUCUUCGUCAGCACAAACAUCGGUAUCUUCAAAUCCUAUAAUGGUUAAUGGUCAUGGACACACAAGUGGUAUAGGAAACAUAUUUCAUAAAAUUACUAAAAGAGGCAGUUGGGUAAUUGUUAAUCAUCCUCAAUCGAAUACCAAUCAUGGGCAUUAUAAUCACCAUGCGCAUCAAGCUAAUCAUCAGCAUGGCAAACUUAAUAAACAUGGCUAUUAUUACCAGCAGAGUUAUGACCACGGCAAUGUAUCUCGAUCAUCUUCAUCUGAUUCUUGCCAUUCUUCAUCGACUACAGGUUCGGAUACUUCAGGAGGCUCAGGAAUGGAAUCAUCUCUCCCGACAUCGCAAACUACCACAAGUGGAAGUGAUAGUUCAAAUAUAAAUG